AUGGCAACAAAUUUACCAUCGACCCCGAUUCUCCCCGAUGAUCAAAAACUGUCUACCGAUGGGUCGAACUGGUCAAAUUUCAAGGACGGAAUGUUCAAUAUGGCAAGAGGAUGUGGGCUCGAGGGCUACCUCACUGGAGCCAUUGUUCUACCUACCAGCUUCGUUCAAUCAGCCAUCGGAUACACUCUUCUAAAUUCUCAGUUUCCAUCUCCCGAUGAGUGGGCGCUUCGAGAUGGAUGGGUGGCUACCAUGCUGUACCAAAAUAUAAAAGAUCCACGAUCGCACGAUAUCAGCGGAUCGGACACUGCACAUCAAAUGUGGACCAGUCUCAUUGGCAAAUUCAACCGGAGCACCGAGCUUCUUAUUGGAAUCCGUAUGGAACGUUUACGAGAUCUCCGACUCAAGGACACGCGGUAUCUUCCCGGGCAUAUUGACAAGCUUAUUAAACUUUGUGCCGAUGUGCACGGAAUUGGCGGGCUGGUCACCGAUCAGCAAAUGUGUACAAUUAUCCUCAACUCGCCCCUGAAGGAGGAAUUCGGCGCAUCUCUGAUAGUGCUUCAGACUUUCAAUCAAGUCCAGCCUCUCAUCGCAAAUCUCAGAGACUGGUGGGAAAUGGUAUGGCUGAAGAAGAUCAACGAGGAGGAUACAAAGGAUUCGACAAAAGCGCUAACUAUUCAUGCCCCAACAAAUCCGGGAGGUGCGACUACGUGUACUGCAUGUGGUGGUACACAUCACCAGCGAGUGUGUUGGGCGCGUGGCGGCGGCAAAGAAGGACAGGCUCCAUCAUGGUGGAAAGCUCCACGGGGAAAAGAACCCAACCCCAUGCUCGUUGCUGCCCAUCGACAAGCGAAAGAAGCACGCCAAGCAACAUCGUCGAAUUAUCCUAACACCCAUGCCAUGCUUUCGCCCCCAGUGAAUUACACACAGGCCAUCCCUACGACUACCACUGCGGCAUUCAGCAAUCCCAUCACGACGUAUGCACUAGCGACUCACCUUAACAGCGAUGAAUUGGAUGUGGAAGACCACCUGCUUCCAUUCUGA